UAUUACAAAGCCCUUUUCCAUCAGUCCUCUCUUUCCUCCUGCCCUUUGACGCGACUCCCAAAACUCUCCGCUUCUGUUCGUUUGAUCUGAUCGGCCAUGGCUGACGAGAUUGAGCUCAAAACUGCCCCUGCGGAUUUCCGUUUCCCCACGACAAACCAAACCAGACACUGCUUCACCCGUUACAUCGAGUUCCACAGGUGUAUUGCUGCAAAGGGCGAGGAGUCCAAUGAUUGUGAAAAGUUUGCAAAGUUCUAUCGUGCCCUCUGUCCCGGAGAAUGGGUUGAGAAGUGGAACGAGCAGAGGGAGAAUGGAACUUUUCCAGGUCCUCUGUGAUUUUGGCGAUAGAUUGUGUUCUGCCAUCUUCCCAUGCAUUGCAAUAAACUCCAGAAGGGAAACAAUGACACAAAGGUUAGACAUUUAUUUCGUUUUGGGGACAAGAGUUGGUUUGAUGAACUGUGUUUCUGGGCUGCAUUCAUUCCUUCAUAAGCGCUUUCUAAGGAUGUUUGAGAAAGCCAGUGAAUAACUAGAGAGAGUGUUUGAUUGGAUUUGAUUAAUACAGAUUCAAGGCUGAAAAUUGAAUCGACC